CUAGGGCUUAUUCGGCGGCUAGCCAGAAGUCUCAAAAGGAGCAAACGCCAACAAAUAACGAAUUGCAAAUGAACAAAAAAUGGUCUACCCAAUUAUCCAGAAGCUCUUUGCCCUCAGCGAUAAGCGACUGUUGUGGUAACAAGCGAUUCCACAAGAUUUUAGUGGUUUUUAUUUGUUUUCACAGCAAGAAAUAAGAUGUCCCAAACGUAUGGCGAACCUCCGCUACCGCAGACUUUUUCGUAUAUACAUACGCUGCUCCUGCCAGUUAAUUUCUAUCUGGCCUUUCUAUAACUGCACCGAAAAGCCAUAUAUCCAGUCUCUUUCAAAAAUCCCACACAUGCAUAUUUGCCAGUUCGGCUCGCAGCGAUGACCUCGCUGACACGUAAAACAAAAUACGGUCGUCCAAAUUCUACUACGCCUGUAUCUUUCAACCCUAUAUCUAUCACAGACGAUAAUUUCCAACAGUCUAAAUGAGGACCUUAAUCGAAAUCUGCUAGUAAAUUGGGAAUGAAUCAGAUGUUUUAGCAUGUAUGGGAAUUUCUGCUAUCAUAGGCUGUGGCCUCUGUAAACUUCAAUCAAAUUAAUUCCAACGUUUGCUGUCCUAUGUUUUAACUAUAUUACCCACUUCCCGUUCGUCUCGUGAUUAUGGAUGAUUCAGCGGAGGGAGAAGUGGUUCUGCAGUUUCUAUGGGCUCACGUUGAACUUCUCACAUAUUUAUCGCGACUGUGCCCAAUACCGUUGGAGUCAUUUGUGUGUUUGUGCGCCCUAUUGGAUCGAACAGCCGUUGUGGAAGUGGGCGUGCUGUUGGCUGUGAUUGCAACAUGUUUAUUUGUUAUACGGCACCCAGAAUGUCAUUCACACAUUCGGGAAGCGUUCUCGCUGCUGCCACGAGCUAUUAGGAGCAUCCGACAAAAGUUUUACCUCAGUAUCAUCAAAAACGCAUCCGUGUGGUCGCCAUUAGAUGAGGUCGCUCGACUUCCGGCCGUGAAUUAUAAGGCUAGGGAGCUUAUCGCUAAACUGCUCAACCAUUAUAGAAGAGCUCAUGCGGACGCCGACAAUAAAGACUGCCCAAAGCAGUCAAAUGAUGCCAACUGCGUACAGAAAAGUGAAACAGCUGAGUGGGGCAAGAACGACUCCAUGACAGAAGCCUUUGCCAUGCAAGGACACCGUGCACAUAUGGAGGACAGGUUUUGCAUGCUUGCCGAACCAAAGAGGGACCUCUACCUCUAUGGAGUAUUCGAUGGACAUGGUGGAAGGGCCGCGGCCGAUUACACAGAAAAACAGCUUUUUCCUGCGAUUCUCGAGCGGAUCCGCCAGUCAACGGACGAGAUAGACAUUGCAUCAAUGCAAGAUAUCUUGCGACAAGAAAUACUUCGAGUAGAUGAAGCGUUUAUUAAGGAGUCGAAGAAAAAGCGUGACUAUUCCGGCACGACGUGCCUUGUUGCCGUCAUCCUUGGGGACACGUUAAUUGUAGCUAACGUUGGUGACUCAAGAGGCGUGAUGGCUACAGAUAAAGGGCGAGCUGUACCGCUUUCCUUCGAUCACAAGCCGCAACAGACUAAGGAACACAAACGUAUUCAAGACGCUGGUGGAUUCAUCUCCUUCAACGGCGUUUGGCGCGUCGCAGGAAUCCUUGCUACCUCACGAGCUAUUGGUGACCAUCCAUUAAAGGACCGCAACCUCGUUACAGCUGAGCCAGACAUUUUGACGUUCAAUUUAACACAACAGCAGGGAUCUUUUAUUGUUCUCGCAUCAGAUGGUCUUUGGGAUAUCUUUAGCAAUGAGGAAGCGGUCGCUUUUGUGCGGCAACGAUCAUCAUUGGCGGGUGCCGGAAAGGAGCUAGCAAAACGAGCCUUUGAAAAGGGCUCGCAAGACAACAUCACUGUUCUGGUCAUCGAUUUAAGUAAAUAUCCUCUGCUACAAAAAAUUUUAUCAAAAAAGAAAGAUGAACAGAAUCGCGUGGCCAAACUUCAAGCCCAGUCGAUGCUUGCCGCUGCCAGGGAACGUGCUGAUGAACGUGCCGCGGCUGCCGCAAAAUCAGCGACUUUAAGUGUUAUAGCGGGCGGUACCCUCGCAGAUUGCCCCAGUGGACCAAGCACUAUAUCAGAGUAGCGGCGCGAACUCCCUAAGCCUAACUUGGGGCUCUACGAUAGCAUUUAAGCCUUCAAUUAGCUCAGACAAUACUGGGUUAUAGGUAUAGAAAUCAGACAGAACGAGAUCGAAGGGAAGUUACUCUUUCUGAGCGUGUAAAAUAGUUUGUGCUCUUUAGGAAUCGUGCGCGUGGGUGCACAUCAUCUUCGCCUUCCGGUAUUUUCCAGUGUGCCGGUACAUUGUUACUGAAUACGGGGACUAUAGGGUAUAAGGGGCGGAAAAGAUGAGCAUAAAACGUAUCAAUGCGAGUACUGUAUAUGAACUUGACUGUGCAAUGUGAGCGUUGCUUUGUUGAGUUGGUUAUACCUGCCUUGUCGGCAUUUAGGCUGUGUUACAGAUAGACAGAAAUAACGUGAUCGUGGUAAUGGUAGUGGACAAAGCCGGUUUUUCAGCCGUCCAAACGGAAAGCAAACAUGAAAAAAAUAAGUUAAGAUAAUAAGAUAGCGGGAUACAGGCAACACACAUGAAUUGUACCAGCUACUGUGAGUUACUGGACACUCGCCAACAGGUAGAAUUUGUCCUCGCUGUAGAGCGGAGCAAAAACAAUAGGUUUGUCUUUUCGUUAGAGGUAUACGCUUACGCUGUGAUGAAGCGGAAUCGAUAUGGAAGGAGAAGACAAUGCUGAGUCUGGCUGAGCUUGAUUUACUGUUACACAGUUAUUUCAACAACAACAACAACAGAAAAGUAAGCAUACCACAGAAAGUCUUCUGAGCAAAGUCCACUGUUGUGUACAAAAUUGCCGAAACAAAAAAAACACAUCAAAAGGACGCAAUAAUAAAGUUUGUUAGUUAUUGU